AUGGCUUUAUCCAUCUCUCUUCUCUAUCUCUCUCUCUCUCUCUCUCUUUCUCUUUGUUUCCUAUAUUCUUCUAUUUCUUUAUUCAUCUUCGCUGUCUCUCUCAUCCCAAAUCUCUUAUUAUCUGUCUAUGCUUGUAUCCAUGUCUCUUUUUCUCUCUCUAUUUCUCUUAGUCUCCUAUUCUCCCUCUUUGUCUAUUCAUCUGUACUCUUUCUCUCUCUACCUAAUCUCCUACUGGCUCUCUAUGCUUUUAUCAAUCUCUCUCUCUCCCUCUCUCACUCUCUCUCUCUUUUAGACUCCUAUUUUGCCUCUUUAUCUUUUUUCAUCUUCACCUUUCUCUUUCUCCUAAUCUCAUAUUAUCUCUCUAUGGCUUUAUCCAUCUCUCUUUACCUCUCUGCCUCUCCCUCUCUUUUUACUUCUUUUCAUCUCCUUUUUUCUUCUUUUUCUUUAUUCACCUCAGUCACUAUCUUUCCUACCCCUAAUCUCUUAUUACUUUUCAAUUCUUUUAUCCAUCUCGCUCUCCAAUUUUCUGUUUAUGUCUCUCUUCAUCAUCUCUGUUCUCUCUCUUUUUCUCCCCCUUUCUCUCUUUCUGUCUGUGUCUUAGAUUUGAUUGCGUCGAUAUUUAUCGCCAUCAAUGAUGUGUUUGAUAAAAAUCUAGAAUAG